AAAUGAUUCCAAGCUAUCACGAUCAACCUACGAUCAAGUCUACAGUAAACUCGAGCAUUAUCAUUUCACACUAUUAAUGUUUUCAAUGUAAUAUAUGUCAAUCAUUGAUAAUAUUAUUUAACCGUAGACAAAAAAAACAAAAAACAAAAAAGGAAAAAAAAAAAUUCAAAAACAAAGGGAAAAAAAAGGAAAGAAAAAUUGUGAAAUUAUUAUUUUUAACUCUCCCUCUCUCACUUAUCCGUAUAAGAAUACCCGGUUUCAGAAUAUUAGGAUUACUUUCAACAGAAGAAGUUAAUUAGUGAGGACUUGUUAUUUUCUGCAACACCAUUUACAUAUUCCACGACUACACAGAGAGACAGGGGAAAAAAAGGGCUACUAGCGAGAAUUUGGGGAUGUGGUUGUUUGGUAGAAAAGGGCCAUCAGGUUUCUCUGCGUCGUCCACAGCUGAGGAAGUUACUGAAGGGAUUGAUGGGACUGGUCUCACUGCCAUUGUUACAGAUAGGUUUUUUAACCACCCUCAAUUUGGUAAAGAUGAUGAAUCUUUUCUUCAUCUCGAGGAUGUUUCUGUAACUGCAGGAGCAUCAAGUGGUAUUGGCAUGGAAACUGCUCGUGUUCUUGCAUUACGCGGAGUCCAUGUAGUCAUGGGAGUCAGGAAUAUGGAAGGUGGUAGGGAGGUCCAAGCAACUAUAGUUAAAGAAAAUCCUGCUGCAAAAAUUAAUGCCAUGGAGUUGGAUCUAAGUUCAAUGGUGUCUGUGAGGAAAUUUGCUGCAGAUUACAAUUCAUUGCGUCUUCCACUAAACAUCCUCAUAAGUAACAAUGCAGGAAUCAUGGCAACACCAUUCACGCUUUCCAAAGACAAGAUAGAACUGCAAUUUGCAACAAACCACCUAGGUCAUUUUCUUUUGACAAAUCUUUUGUUGGAGACCAUGAAAAAAACGGCAUCAGAAAGUAACAAAGAAGGUCGGAUUGUAAAUGUCUCAUCCCGCCGUCAUAAGAUCUCAUAUCCUGAAGGAAUUCGGUUUGACAAACUCAAUGAACAAUCAGGGUAUAACGGUUUCUCUGCAUACGGUCAAUCAAAGCUUGCUAAUGUUUUGCAUGCUAAUGAGCUUGCAAGACAACUAAAGGAAGAAGGGGUGAACCUGACUGCAAAUUCACUGCAUCCUGGAGCAAUUCCCACCAAUCUUUUGAGACAUAACAGCUUUAUUGGGGGCAUUGUAAAUACCUUUGGUAAACUCGUGACUAAAAAUAUUCAGCAGGUAAUUAGGGAGCAGCAACCACAUGUUAUGUAGCAUUGCAUUCCCAAGUCAAAGCAGUGAGUGGCUCCUAUUUUGCAGACAGUAACAUAGCCGAAGCAAGCGCACAAGCUAAUGAUGUUGAGUUGGCAAGAAAACUCUGGGAUUUCAGCUUUGAUUUGAUUAAAAGAGGUGGUCCUGUUUCAUAGAUGAUGAUGUUAUUAUAUAUUACCUGUAUAAAGAAAAACUUCGACAAUCUUCAA